GGCUUACGCCUACAACCAGGGCCGAUUUCAAUUCGAUGCAGGUCAGAAGCAGACCUUUGCGCAUCAAAUGAUCAAUAUGCGGAUCCAACAGUGGAGUCUCUUUCGCGAGGACAUCCGAGAUUUGUUCAACCUCACCACUUCCCAUAUGAGCACCUACAUGGUGGUGGGCACACUCUUCCUGGGCUACAGUGUGAGCCACAUGUGGUAUAUCACCACCUUUCCCGAAGAUCCUCCAUGGCUGAAGUUCUUCUGGAUGAAUUGCUUCAUUUCGGCCAUGUGCUACGGCUUCCUGGCAGUUUGGUUGGCGAUGCACGGGGCCAUCGCGGCCCAAUCGGCCAGUGUCCAGCUCCUGACGCGGGCCAUUCGCCCUCCAUAUCCGUCGGCAUCGGAGCUGGGAAGCGUCAGGCAUGAACUGGCGAACUACGAAGCGUCAGGUCCGCUGAAAUUCUUCUCUCCUCCCAAAUUCGCGGGGCGCAGUGGCAGCAGCACGUCGGCCAAUUCCAGCGCACUGGCGGAAAGGGGCCAAUCAUCCGUGCAGGCGUCUGGAACUGAGGGACCGGUCGAGGACCAACGAGGUAAUGCCUUCGACGGUCCAAGCUCAAAGCACCCUGCGGGGCUACCAUCACCCUGGGAAUUCGCACCUGGAUUGUCUGCAGAGAUGGGGAUGCAUGUCAAGCUGUUUCAGCAGUUGCAAGAAACUUUUCUCCCCUUCGAUGCAUAUGCUCGGGUUUGUUUGAUGACAGGUGUGAGCAAUGUGGUGACGGCAUUUUCCUACUUCUGGAUUGCUCACCAAGACUGGACCCAUGAAGGAUCUUUUUUGGCUGCUUUGGGUGGAUCCUGCUUGUUGAUGUUUACCACACUGGUGCUCUACAAGCUUGAUCUUUAUGUCGAAAAGAGACGUCUGUGGAUUUUCAAAUCUGUGGUUCUGUGUGCUCCCAUCGUGUCUAUGGCCUCCUUGAUUACCUGGCGCAAAGGUCAAGGAUGGCAAGCGGUUCAUGCAUUGACCGAGUGGGUUUUAGUCUGCAGCACUUGCCUCAUGCACAUUUGUUGGCUGGCACUCUUCGUUUGGGAAGCGAGGCCAUCGAAGGAGAACUUGGAUUUGCCCUUGAGUUUCAGAUCCGUGCGGUACCUGGACGUAUUCAGCAGCCUCAGAAAAAGGCAAACCCUCCAGCGGCAAAUGGCCAGUUCCGCCUCGCGGCGACGACGUGCGAGUGUGUCGGAGAAUAGUGAGGAGAUGGGAGCGGUUGAGCACUUGUCGGCGGACUACAUCUUCCAUUUGAUCCGAGAGCUGCUGAAUGCAUGUGAACAUAGCCAAAGUUUGCUAUCCGAAGAAGAGGUGAGAUGUCUUCAGUUGGCCAAAGCUCGCCUGCUGGAGCGGGGCAUGUCACCGGACGCGGAGCCGCAGGGACACGGACACGAGGGCCUUUGGUUGCAAAGAGUCCUGGAAAAUGACCUGGGUCAACCUGUGCUGUACUUUGUGAACACCAAAACGUUGGAUGUGAUGUGGACCGAUCCGCCCAUCUCGCAGCAAUUGUUCUUCGAGGACCUAGACAUGGAGAUUCGGAGGCUUGUCGAUCCCGCCGGUGAGUCUCUCGCUGGCGACGUCAUUUUGGGGCAGGAAACCAGUGACGAUCUGCAGCAGUUUGAAAUCGCGGGUUCGGAGGCUGCCGAGGGUCCCUCGGUGCCGGCUGCGCAACAGCCGCUGGUGCCCACGCUGCGAAGACCGGGCUCCAGCCAUGGGCAGUCCAGCAUGCCGUGGAAGUACUUUCUACAGAUUUCUUCCAUGAUUCUCUGCGUUUGGGUUGUGACCACUUUGUAUUGCAUGAUCAAUGUCGGAAGAGAAGCCGGACGUGCCACGCUGUUUCAGGGCAAGGCUGGACCAUGGCCACACGACUUCUUCGCGCCAUCGGCGCUAGCGUGUCAUGGGCAACAGGUGCUGCUAGGCGAUCGAUUUACAGUAUAUCCUGGUCGGAUAGAUCAAGAAGGUCUCUCCAUGGAUGAUGCAAUCUUUAGCACAUUGGAAGGCCAUGGUUUCGAAUGGGGUGCCAUUGCGGCCAGAUCUGCGCAGCAUCUCUUCCUCUUGCAGCGCGAUGGACACGCCAUCCACGAGUUCUUUGAUGGCGCGUUAGUGCAGCGAUGGGAGGUGUCCCUGGCGGACGCGGUUCAUGCCAUGUCGCUUCUGAGUGCUGAUCUGGCCAGGCAGCAUUGUCAGAAUUCUGCCGCGAGUGAACCUGACAUCCAUCCCUGGGCCAUCCUGGCAGCUGCCGGCCAUGACGUUGUGAUCCUCUGCCCGCGCAGCCACGGGAGCCAUGGGACCUUGUACCCCAGGCGAUGGUUGCCACAGGCAGCGUCCGAGCACGCUACGGUGGCAUUACAGAUGCCAUCCAGGGAACAUUUGUGGCUUUUGAGAAGCCAAACUGUGGCGAAUCAAGCGGAGAAGUCUGCAAAAGUAUGGCUGGUCAGAGAACAUUUGCAGAGCGGGCAUAUGGACAACUUUGCAUUGCCCAAAGAUCGCUCUUGGGCUCCGGGACUUUGCAUCCGAAACUCCUCCUUGCUGCUUGCUGCUUACCAUCCACGAGACAAGUCGCCUGAAAUUUGGCACUUAGAGACGAUCGAUUCAUGAAAAGAUGCAGCUGUUGGGUGAACAUCAAAAAAAGAUCGAAAAA